GCCGCCGCUUCGGGUGACCUGCCCAUCCUUAUCAUCGGGUCCGGCAGCACUGGCCUUGCGCUUGCUCAGGGCCUCCGCGAGGUACGUAAGACGGCACUGUGUCACCCGGGCUUCUGUGUGCUACAAGUACCGCUGUAUUCCUUCCGCCUGGUCUAGCCUCGUCCGUUUCUUUUUGCGUUGUGUGGUCCUUCCGGCUGGCUGAAACAAACCAAGGCAGGCGUACCAUGCACCGUCUUCGAGAAAGACCCUCUCCAGGCGCGCGAGCGCGAGCGCGAUUGGAAUAUGGGCCUGCAUUGGGGUGCCCCUGUGCUCAAGAGCCUCAUUCCUGACGAAUUGUGGUCCAGGCUCCAGAGCAUCCAAGUGGACCCUCACGUGCCCACCAAGGAGCUGGAUACGCUCUCGUUCGUUCAAGGUGACACCGGCGAGACCAUGGCUGCCUUCACCUUUGGUCCGUUUUACCGCCUGCGAAGGAGCAAGCUACGAGCACUUCUUUCUCAAGGCCUAGACAUACAGGACAACAAGCGGCUCUCGGAUGUCACCUCCGCAACGGAUGGAGCAUCUGUCACUGCACACUUUGCCGAUGGAACCACAGCUACCGGACGUCUUCUCAUUGGUGCGGAUGGUGCUCGUUCGACCACCCGUCAAUGUCUUUUGGGCCCUCAGAUUGGCGCGAUCAACAGGCUUCCCUACGCGGCGACCUUCGUGCAAAGGAAAUUUCCCAAGGAGCAAGCACUCUAUCUGAGGAAGUUUCACCCUCUUUACUUGGCGUGUGCACAUCCUGACAACAACUUCGCCUUCUUCGGAAUGCAGGAUGUCGCCGACGCAGACGAUCCCUCUUCCUGGACCUUCUUCUUCUACAUCUCUUGGCAUAGUAGCUUAGAAGAGCAGGAUGCGACCGCUAACUGGACCGAUGCGCAGCGUCUAGCCCAGCAAAAGGACCUUUCGAAGAAGUUCUGCGAUCCCUGGAAGAGCGCUUACGAGUGGACUCCUGACGACACGCCUGUGUGGUAUAUGGGGCUGACAGACUGGGAUCCUGGUCUCGAAGGCCAUCGAUGGGACAACCAUGAUGGACUGAUCACCAUGAUUGGAGAUGCCGUACACCCGAUGACCUACCAGCGAGGUCAAGGACUGAACCAUUCGAUUACGGACGCCGGACAGCUUCGGGAUACACUGAUCAAGAUCGUCAAAGAGGGGGGUAACCGGAAAGAGCUGAUCACGGCGUUUGAAGAAGACAUGAUAAGACGGGGUGGAGGAGAAGUCAGGGAUGGCACCGCGAACACGACGCUCUUGCAUGACUGGGAGAAGGUGAAGCAGAGUCCUUUCUACACUAAGGGCAUGAAGAAGAACGAGUAAGGGCGAGAAUGGGGCUCCGACUUGUCAAUAUCCUUCGUCUUCCUCCCUCUCCAUUAUAAUACAAUCCCUCCUCUCGGUAUUUCCCCGUACCGCC